AUGACUUAUUUAUUCUGUUCGCUUUUCUUUUCUUCAUCAGCAUCUUAUCGUCGUUUCAUAACCCUCAUAUGUAUUUUACUUUUAAAUCCAUUACCUUUUAUUAAUGGUGCACCAACGGAAAAAGGCAAUACUUAUUUAAAAUUACUACGUCAAAAACGCCAAAUCAAUUUUAAUAAUAAUGUCAUGUCAAUGAAUAAAAAUUUUUUCCUACCUAAACAAGAAAUAAUAUUUCAAGGAUUAUUAGGUUGCAAAUUCGAUUCAAAUGUAUGCAAUCAAGAUGAAGCUUGUUUUGACGAUGAACUUUUUGGACAAUGUUGGGAUGGUAAAGGAUCACUACGAAAAGCAUUUGAUUUAAAAAAUACUAUCGAUAGAAUUACAAAUGAUCAAUUAACUGCAUUAGAAUAUACAAUAAAAUUUUUAAAUCGUUAUCACCUUAAUUGGAAUGACUAUCUGACUCAAUGUAUUCUAUCGAGUAUAUUAACUGAUUAUCAUAAACUAAAUCAAUAUCAAUUAGGAUUAUUUUAUAUUGAUUGUUUAAAUAAAGAUGAAUUAUUAAAUGAGUUUGUAACAAUGGAAAAAGAAAAUAAUAUUGAUCGUCGCUAUGUUAAACACAACAAGUUUUAUUAUGACGAUCCAUAUGCAUCAUUAAUAAAAUCUAACAAUGUAUAUUCUGAUUUUGAUAAUGCAUUGCGUAUUCCAUUAUUUAUGGAAUCUAAUGAAGCAUCUCGUGUAAAAACAAUACCUGAAAAAAAUUUUUAUCUUAGAGACGAUAUUAAAUUAAAACAACAACCAAUAAAACUAAUUGCAGAAGAAUCUAAAAUGCAUAAACCAACAAAAAUAUUAAUGAAUAUGAAAGAAAUUCAUCCUGGCUUAAUAGAAACAUUAAAAAUAAGUAGUAAUAAACAAUCAAAAUUAAUACUAAAUCCAACAACCAUCCAAGUUAAUACUAUAGCAAAUAAUAAUCAGACAUUCAACAGUACCGAUACAGAGCGUUAUUUUACCGUUGAAACAGCCCGCGGCUAUGUUAUUAUCAAUCGAGAUUUUAAAAACCAAAUGGAAGGAGCUCGACUAUUGGCACUUAUUGCAGAAAUUAAUCUUUGGCCCGUAGCAAUAUUUACUGAACUUAAUGUUGAUCGACCUUUAUUAACAUUUAAUGUAUUGGAUAAUGCUUAUCAAAUAAAUGCAAGCAAUGUUGCUAGUUCAGCUUUAAAUAAUCAGAAAACUAUUGAAAAUCUAUUGGGUAUACGUAUCAUCGAUUCUGGUAUCGGCAAUCCUAAUCAAGGUACUAAAUUAUCGGUUGAACGACAAAAUGGUUCACGUUUGGCAAUUAUUACAUUGGUUACCUGUGCUUGGGUUCUUUUUAUUAUGGGUUCAUUUGCUGUACUUUAUUUUGUCAAACGUAAUGAUCGUAUUCGAAAUAAAAUUGCUGGUAUAACACAAAUAAAAGGCUCAUCAACAGAUUAUUAUCAAGAUUUAUGUCGGCAAAGAAUACAAGCACAACCAACACGUCGUAAAUCAUCAGAAGUUCAUACAACUCAUCAAACAAUACCAUUCAAUAGUCGUGUUAAACGUAAUAGUGAAGUUUCAUCAUCGCGAAGUUCAACAUCAUCAUAUAUGGAUGAAUCUGUUACAUCUAUUAAUGUGGAUAUUAUGACAGGACAUUUGAUUUUAUCUUAUAUGGAAGAUCAUAUAUGCAAUCGACAUCGUUUAGAAUCAGAAUGGGAAUCAUUUUGUAUGGAUAAAAUCUAUGAGGAACAAGCAUCAUGUUUAGUUGCACUUUCGGAAACAAAUGAAAAAAAGAAUCGAUAUAUGGAUUGUAUACCAUAUGAUCAUACACGUAUUCGACUUGCCAACGAUGACGAUGGUGAUUACAUAAAUGCAAGUAAAAUUACUGAUUCGGCUCCAAAAUGCAAAUACAUCGCAACACAAGGUCCAAUGCCAAAUACAACAAAUGCAUUUUGGCAAAUGGUUUGGGAACAAGGAUCAUGUGUUAUUGUGGCAUUGACUCGACCUAUUGAAAAUGGUAUUACGAUGUGUCAUCAUUAUUGGCCAGUAGAAGGCUCUGAAAUCUACAAUGAUUUUGAAGUUAAUCUUGUUUCCGAACAUAUUUGGUCUGAUGAUUAUGUUGUUCGAAGUUUUUAUUUAAAAAAUAUUCAAACAAUGGAAACACGUACUGUAACACAAUUUCAUUUUUUAACAUGGGAUGAGUUAUGUAAUCCACCAUCGGCUAAAUCUGUACUUGACUUUCGACGAAAAGUGAACAAAUGUUUUCGUGGUCCAUCAUCACCACUUAUUGUUCAUUGCAAUGAUGGUGUUGGACGUACGGGUACAUAUAUAUUACUUGAUAUUGUCUUAAAUCGUAUUUACAAAGGAGCACGAGAAAUAAAUAUUGCUGCUACACUUGAACAUAUUCGUGAUCAACGACCUAAAAUGGUUAAAACAAAAGAUCAAUUUGAAUUUGUCUUCGUUGCUGUUUCUGAAGAAGUAACUGAUUUAUUAAAAUUAUUAUCCCAAUAA